AUGGCUAUGGGAUACGGGGUAUCGUAUAAGCAUUAUACCAACCACAAACACCACAAACACUCGCCGGAUACUAUCCAGGAGACCUGCCGUGAGGUGUACUGGAUUCGGUACGUCAACUGGAUGUUGACCGUGCCGCUGAUUCUCACCUGUCUCUCGUUUUUGUCUGGGGUAAACGGAGCUAGCCUGUUGGUAUCAAUCUCUGCAGCUCUUGUCAUGUUUGUAGCCGCUCUCAGCAGCUCCUUCAUGGACAAACACUAUCAAUGGGCCUGGUUCGUAAUCUCUUGCUUGGGAUACCUGACAAUUGUGUACCAAACCGGCUUCCAAGGCCGUAGAGCCUCUCUUGCAAAGGAUCAACAGGCCCGCAAUUUCUAUACUUCCAUUGCAAGCUUCUCUUUGGCGGUGUUGCUCGUCUAUCCAAUCAUCUGGGCUAUCUCCAAUAAUGCUCGAAAGAUGAGCAUUGAUGCAGAGAUAAUAGUUUUUGCUAUCCUUGACAUAUUGCUUCAAGGCGUCUUUGGAUAUUGGCUUAUCGCCUCUUAUAACACAAUAAGAUCCAUGUAA